AAGGUGAGAUUUUCCAAGAAGUUACCAUUCCAUAGUGGUGAUGCCAAAGAUGAUGAUAAAGAGAUGCCUGCAUUGUAUUGUCUUGGACCAGAUGACCCAAUAAACUGAAGCAAGGGCACCAAGAGGUGGAUCCAAGCAACCCCUACUGAAUCAUACAUCCACUGGAGGUUUGAACAUCAACAUGCUUUAUUCCAAACGCGAAGAAUGUCUUUGAGCCCCAACCCGCCCUCUCCUUUUAGACUUGUCACUGUUUCCCAAGCAACACAGGGCAACCUGCCUACUUCCAAAGAUCCUUUCCAUAGGGGACCUCCUUGGCGGAUGCCUCUUGUACCGUGAAAAUAGCCAUGGAGGCAGCCACUGAUACCAAGGGGAUAUGCUGAAGUGGAGAUACAUUCUCUGAUCCACGCAAUGAAGAUAAGGUGGAGGUCAAGAGCAGAGAGGCAAGCUACCACAAAGUCCAAGCUAAGAGAGUCAAACGCCUUUUGGCUAUGUCAACUUUUAAGAGAGAUAAGAAAGAAAAAAAACACAUUGUGGCGGCAAAGUUUUCGUUGAGUUUAGGUCAGAAGAGGCUCUUUGUGUGUUCUCCGACGGCGUCAGGAACAAUGUGCGAAACAAUUGAUGAGAAGAAGAGGAAGAAGGAAGAAAAGGCUAGAGAAAAGGAGUUGAAAAAGCUUAAAGCUUUGGAGAAAGCAAAGAAGAAGCAGGAAGAGGAAGCAAAGAAGAAGCUUGAAGAAGUCAAGGCAAAAGAGGCGAAUCAUGGUACCAAUGCCAGCCCAAAGAAGAAGAGUCCCAAACGGGAUGAUGCAUCAGAAGAGAAUCCUGAGGAUUUUGUAGACCCUGAAACUCCUCUUGGUGAGAGGAAAAGGCUCUCCUCGCAGAUGGCUAAACAGUACAGCCCUGCUGCCGUAGAGAAAUCAUGGUAUGCUUGGUGGGAGAAAGGUGACCUCUUUAAGGCCGAUGCUAAGAGUUCCAAGCCACCCUUUACCAUUGUUCUUCCUCCUCCAAAUGUGACUGGAGACUUGCAUCUUGGCCAUGCCCUAACAGUUGCUAUUGAGGAUACCAUUAUUCGCUGGAAGAGAAUGUCUGGGUAUAAUGCUCUGUGGGUGCCCGGGAUGGACCAUGCUGGUAUAGCUACGCAGACUGUGGUUGAGAAAAAACUUGCCCGUGAUGAAAAGUUGACCAGGCAGGACCUUACCCGCGAAGGAUUCUUGAAUGAAGUGUGGAAGUGGAAGGACGAACAUACCUGCACGAUUCUUAAACAACUACGACGUCUAGGAGCUUCUCUUGAUUGGUCUCGUGAGUGUUUUACAAUGGACGAGCAAACAUCAAAAGCUGUUACCGAGACCUUUGUACGUUUAUUCGAGGAAGGGCUUAUCUAUAGGGACAUUCGGCUUGUUCAUUGGGAUUGUCAUUUGAAAACAGCUGUUUCUGACGAUGAGGUUGAGUAUAUGGAUAUCAAAGAAAAGACGCUACUAAAUGUACCUGGGUAUGAGAAGCCAGUAGAAUUUGGUCUUCUUACUUCAUUUGCUUACCCUCUGGAGGGAGGUUUGGGCGAGGAGGUUGUGGUUGCCACCACAAGGGUGGAAACAAUGCUGGGGGAUACUGCCAUUGCGAUUCAUCCCGAUGAUGCAAGAUACAAGCAUCUUCAUGGGAAAUUUGCUGUGCACCCAUUUAAUGGACGCAGGUUACCAAUUAUCUGUGAUGGAACGCUUGUUGAUCCAGAUUUUGGUACCGGUUGUGUUAAGAUUACUCCUGCCCAUGACCCCAAUGAUUGUGAGUUGGGAAAGCGCCACAACCUUGAAUUUAUUAACAUAUUCACUGAUGAUGGAAAGAUCAACACAAAAGGAGGGCCUGACUUCACAGGGAUGCCACGCUUUGCAGCACGUGAGGCACUUGUUGAAGCUUUGAAGAAGCAGGGGCUGUACAGAGGUGCCGAAAACAAGGAAAUGAGGCUUGGACUUUGCCAGAGAACAAAAGAUGUUAUUGAGCCUAUGAUUAAGCCUCAGUGGUACCUCAAUUGCAGCAUGAUGGCAAAGGAGGCUCUCAAUGUUGCUGAAAGCAAAAAGCUCGAAUUUAUACCAAAGCAGUACACUGCAGAGUGGACAAGGUGGCUAGAAAACAUUCGUGACUGGUGUAUAUCAAGACAGCUUGUGUGGGGACACAGAAUACCAGCAUGGUAUGCUUGUCUCGAGGAAGACGAGCGCUUUGGUGCGUACAAUGACCACUGGAUCGUUGCUAGAAACGAGGAAGAAGCUCGAAAAGAGGCAGCUGAAAAAUUUGGUGACAAGUUUGAGCUAACACAAGAUGAAGAUGUGCUUGACACGUGGUUUUCUUCUGGGAUAUUUCCGUUAUCUGUUCUGGGAUGGCCUGAUGAAACAACAGACGACUUCAAAGCCUUCUAUCCAACCUCUCUCAUAGAAACUGGACAUGAUAUCCUCUUUUUUUGGGUUGCUCGUAUGGUUAUGAUGGGAAUGAAACUAAGCAGCGGCGGCGUGGUUCCCUUCAGCAAGGUUUAUUUGCAUCCUAUGGUACGUGACUCACGUGGGCGCAAGAUGUCGAAAUCUCGUGGCAAUGUGAUUGACCCGAUUGAUAUAAUCGAGGGGGCAACUCUUGACGCACUUCGUAAAAGAUUAGAAAAGGGCAACUUGGAUCCAAAAGAGCUGGCUACUGCCAUAAAAAGUCAGCGGGAGGACUUUCCAGACGGAAUCUCUGAGUGUGGUGUGGACGCUCUUCGGUUUGCACUCGUCUCUUACACUGCUCAGUCUGACAAAAUAAACUUGGACAUUCUACGUGUGGUUGGAUACCGGCAAUGGUGUAACAAGCUCUGGAAUGCUGUCAGGUUUGCCUUGAUAAGACUUGGCGAUGGUUACACCCCUCCACCUCCGACGAUGGUUCUAAGCCCUGAGACGAUGCCCUUCAGCUGCCAAUGGAUUCUCUCUGAACUAAAUAAGACAAUAUCCAAGACGGUGGAGUCACUGGAUGCAUUUGACUUGUCGGAAGCAGCCAACACUGUAUAUGCAUGGUGGCAAUAUCAAUUCUGUGAUGUCUUCAUUGAAGCUAUCAAACCAUAUUUUGCUAAUGCUGCUGCUUCGGAGAGGGCUCAUGCACAAGAUGCGCUCUGGGUAUCUCUGGAGACGGGUUUGAGACUGCUUCACCCCUUCAUGCCUUUUGUUACUGAAGAGCUAUGGCAACGGCUGCCUUCACCCAAGGACUGUGAAAGAAAGGCAUCUAUCAUGAUAUGUGACUACCCUUCUCCUAUAGAGAAUUGGACAAAUGAAAAAGUGGAGAAGGAAAUGGAAACCGUUCUAUCCACCGUCAAGUGCUUGAGAGCACUCAGGGCUGCGUUGCUGGAGAAACAUAAAAAUGAAAGGUUACCUGCGUUUGCUCUGUGUGAAAACAACGUAACAUCCGAAAUUGUAAAAUCUCACGAGUUGGAGAUCAGAAUCCUUGCAAAUCUAUCGUCCUUAGAGGUUCUGCUAAAGGGAGAACACGCUGCAGCCCCAGCUGGAUCUGCAGUUGAGACUGUGAACGAGAACCUCAAGGUCUAUCUCAAAUUGGACAGAGCCAUUAACACAGAAGCUGAGCAAGAAAAGUUCAGAAACAAGAUUGCAGAACUUGAAAAACAAAAGAACAAGUUGCAGAAGAUGAUGAGUGCAUCUGGGUACCAAGACAAGGUCCCUGCGCACAUAAAAGAAGACAACGCCACAAAGCUCGCUAAGAUUCUCCAAGAAUUCGAUUUCUUUCACAAGGAAAGUGCUCGUCUCCUUGCCGAGACUGGAAACCAACAAAUGGAAGACUUGCAAUUACAGUAAUUUGUAGAUAAACAGGAGGAGAGAUAUGUUAAAUAUACAAUUUUUAGAAAAAUCCCUAACUGCUCAUGAUUUACAAAUUCUAAUUCAGAUAAUUUGUUAUUCAAUCAUACAAAUUUAUUUCGGGAUUUGA